GGACGUGCCGGAGGAGUUAUUGAUGGAGCACGGGAUACCGUCAAAACCGGUAAUAUACCGAGGCAGUAAAGAUUUCAUGGACGUGGCGAGAUAUUUAAUUUUUAUGAAUGAACAACGACAGUUACAUGAAGCCGCAACGCGAUGCAAUUUAUGUAAGAUGAACUUUUCGCACGAUAAUCAUAAGGUGGCAGAUCACUGUCAUUUAUCGGGAAAAUUUAGACAGUCUCUAUGUAAUGUAUGUAAUCUUAAGCUCCAAACACCGAACUUUAUACCUAUAUUUUUCCACAACCUUUCCAACUAUGACGCGCACUUGAUAGUAACGGAACUUGGCCAUGACACCCAAGCUAUUAGACUAAUACCUAACAGCGAGGAAAAAUUUAUCUCAUUCACCAAGUACGUGUCAAAUUCAUUCAAUAUGCGAUUUAUUGACACUUUUCGGUUUAUGGCAUCAGGACUGUCAACUCUAGCCAAAAAUCUUGUGACACCGGAUCUGGAGAACUUCAGAGAGACCGCUAAGGUUUUUGAUGAAGUCGAUAUGUCGCUAGUGACUCGGAAGGGGGUGUACCCUUAUGAGUACAUGAAUAGUUGGGAACGGUUGGAGGAGACGAGACUGCCUAGCGAGAGGAGCUUUUAUAGUACGUUGACGAAGACCGAGAUAGAGGAGAGUGACUUUGACCAUGCGAAGGAGGUCUGGGACCACUUCGGAUGUAAGACGCUGGGCGAGUAUUCAGAUUUAUAUUUAAAAAUCAACGUGCUGUUGUUGGCGGACGUUUUCGAAAACUUUCGAGACCUUUGCAUGAAGACUUACAAUCUGGACGCCGCUCAUUAUUUCACUGCCACCGGCUUAAGUUUUGACGCGAUGUUGAAAUUCACGGGGCAAAAGAUACAGUUGCUGGACGAUUAUGACAUGUUGUUAAUGUUUGAGAAUGGUAUACGUGGAGGACUAGUACAAGCGAGUAAGCGUUAUGCAAAGGCAAAUAAUGUGAUGACUCCAGGUUAUGAUGUGUCAAAAGAUAAAUCAUGGAUUAUAUAUCAGGACUGUACGUUUUUUUUUUUUUUUUUAAACUUAUUAAUUUUAAUUUUAUAGGUAAAAAUUUGUACGGGUGGGCAAUGUCGCAGUACAUGCCGUACGGUGGAUUCAACUGGGUUAAACCCACAUUGAAAUGAUUAGGCAAUUUGGACGACAUCUCCCCCAUAGGGAGGAUUUACGAGGUCGACGUGACGUACCCACAGCACCUACAUAAUGAACAUAACGACUUACCUUACCUCACGCAAAAUAGUAUUCCACAUGAUUCGAAGGUUAGGAAACUGAUGGCAACAUUUGAGGACAAGAAAAAUUAUAUUGUACACUAUCAGAACUUACAGCAGGCAAUAAAGAAUGGAUUGAAAGUUGAAAAAG